AGAACAGUUUCACGGCAUUGUGCGGCCAAAUUAACUAGCACGGGAGUAAUUGUACAGGAAUACGAGACCAUGAAGCCUAACGUUUGGAAUGUAAAAGAAAUUCUGAAUAUCCCUAUGAACUCUGUGGGUGCAAAACCAGCUAAAGGAGGCGCCACCGGUGACUACUCGAGCCUGUCUGACUCUCAGUUUCUGUUUGGAUCUCAAACCUGGCCUGAAAAUUCUCAAAGCUUUUCCCAGGAGAUAUGUGGACAGUCCAGAAGCUCCCAGCAGGCCUCACAGGAGAUAAAUGAAACAAAGGUGUCAUCCAAGUAUCAGUCCAAGCCUAUGAUGUUUGGUGACAGCAAAGUAACCAACAUUUCAGGUGGUAGAGCCAUGGGUAUAUUAGACAGAUUUGAAGAGGAGAAGAGAAAAGCCAAAGAGAUUGAAAUUCUCAUUGGAGUCAGACAGUUGCAUGAAAGUCUGGAAAAUAUCCAAAAGACUUUUCUCAACUGUAUUGAUGGAAGUUGUGAUAUAACCAGAGCAGCUGUGGCUGAAGGAAUUGGAACUUUUAGAAAAACAAUUCAGGAUAAUUUUGCCACAAUUAAGGAGAGCAUAGCAAAUCAGACUGAACUGAUGAAGAGCCAGACCUGUAGAGAGAUGAAGGACAAUGAAGAAAAGACAUCAUUAGCUCUAAAAGAAUUGAGCUCACUUGUUCUCAACCUCCAGCGGGAUUUGGAAUCACUGAAAUUGGAACAGAGCAAGGAACAGAAUGUGCUUGGAGAGAUUCUGUCUCUGCUUAGCACAAUAAUGACUGCUCGCUCUGCUGGAACUCAACCUGGCCCUGUCCAGAUGAUUGACAAUACUGUUCAGACAUCACCUAGUUUGAUAACACAGUUCUGUGUGGUUUCAGAAGAAAAGCGUUAUUAUGAAGGCAGUAAAGCCUUCAAUUUUUCUGAGGAAAAAGUAGACCUGAGUAUUUGUCCUGUUACACAAACAUCUCCAGAGAAGCUUAGCAGAGGAGCACCUUUCCGGGUCAUAGGUACUCAACCUUUUCAGAUGAAGCGGGACAUAGCAACUGAGAGGUGUGACCCUAAUGGCUGGAAGAAGUCUUACCGUCUGCACUCAGUUACAGUCAAUUCUCCAAACCCUGUUGCUACUUGUACUGGCCCUCCUCUUAUACAGGAUCCUAAGAAGGAUUACAUGUUUGGACACCCUGUGCAUAUAGAGCGAGUAAAUUCUUUGAAUGGUAUGACUAAGAACAAUUCAGCAGCCUGGAUCGAGGUGCCCAGAGAGAAUAAAAUGCCAAAGAGAGCACAGAGAUGUCAGACCUUCAGGAAAAAGAAGAGAGCCCUGAUUCUGCCACAGAGGCGACCUGAUCAAGGAAGGGUUUUGAAUAAUGUGUUUGAAAAGGAAAAGGAAAGUCAGCAUGAUGAAGACCAAGAGAACAGGGUGGUCAAUGGCUAUAGAAAAGCAAUCAGAAAGCCAGCUGUUUCAGGGAAACAUGUACCACUACAGCAGCCAAGCACAACCAGGUUGUUGAAUACCAAUGAAUGUGGACAGCACCUGGAUCCUUGUUCAUUGUCCCAGAGUAGUAACAGCUCACAAAUGAUUGUGGAAUACCAGCAAGCUGAAUGGGAGACAGUAAAUCCUGAGCAAAAAGCCAAUACCAUAAAGACACAGAGAGUUACCUGGCAGCUCUUUGAUUUCAUCAGUGACUCUGAUUAA